AUGAAAUUCUUAGAAGGACUAGCAAGGCUCCCCCAUGAUGACCUAUUCAUCCACCUACCUCCCCACUCUGUUCCACUGUCUCCCUUAAGAGAGAUGGCACCAGCCAGAGCAGGAUGCUGCGCCCUGCUGCUGCUGCUUCUGGGGCUGUGGGUGGCAGAGAUCCCAGUCAGUGCCAAGCCCAAGGACAUGACAUCAUCUCAGUGGUUUAAAACUCAGCAUAUGCAGCCCAGCCCUCAAGCAUGCAACUCAGCCAUGAACAACAUCAAUAAGUACACAGAACAGUGCAAAGACCUCAACACCUUCCUGCAUGAGCUCUUCUCCAGUGUGGCCACCACCUGCCAGACCCCCAACAUAGCCUGCAAGAAUAGCCGUAAAAACUGCCACCAGAGCCACGGGCCCAUGUCCCUGACCAUGUGUGAGCUCACCUCAGGGAAGUACCCAAACUUCAGGUACAAAGAGAAGCACCUGAACGCACCUUACAUAGCGGCCUGUGACCCUCCACAACAGGGUGACCCAGGGUACCCACUUGUUCCUGUGCACUUGGAUAAAGUUGUCUAACGCCCGUUGCCCAUGUUCCACCUCACACUCUGCAGACUGUAUGCUGCUGCUUUUCCUCCCUCCAGUUCGUUAUUAAUCCUUGCUCCCCAUUGCAAAUG